UCCUGGAGCCCCUGCCGGUGGGUCGGUUGGCGGGUAAGCCUUUGGGCAUCACCAACUGCGCACCGCCAGCCGAUGUAAAGCACAUGCUAGCAAAAGACAAGCCCACACUACUGCUCAAGCUGGAGUCUACGGCUGCAACACCCAGAAUGCCUGUGUAUGAGGGUUGGGAGGAAGCGUGA